AUGCAAGCAGAUGGAUCAGAUGAGACGUGCGUCACGAAUCCAUUCUGCAGAGAUGCUGAAGGAGCCGCGACAAUAAAGCGACGUUUAGAAAAGAGAAACAAGGAUAUCACCCGCCGUCCUCAUGGAUGAACAUUACGCAUAUAUAACGUUAAACCAUUUGACGUCUUCGACAUGAUUUUCAAGCGCAUUCUGUGAGAAUUAUAAACCACACCCGGCUCUGUGAGGAACGGGAUAGAGAGGGCACCACACGGCUCCAAUGCCAGUCCCAGACCCCUGUCGCUGGCGUUAGGGGACAAGCUUGGAGCAGACCACAGACAGGAUGAGCGCAGGGCAGGAGCAGACAGACAUCCUGUCAGCAGGCAUUGUGGUGAAGGACCGAUGGAAAGUAGUGAAGAAGAUUGGCGGUGGUGGCUUUGGCGAGAUCUACGAGGCUCUGGACCCGAUAAACCGCAUCUGUGUGGCUCUGAAAGCAGAGUCCGCUCAGCAACCCAAACAGGUUCUGAAGAUGGAGGUGGCGGUGCUGAAGAAACUGCAAGGAAAGGAUCACGUCUGUCGGUUUGUUGGAUGUGGCCGCAACGAUCGCUUUAACUAUGUUGUCAUGGAGCUUCAGGGCCGUAAUUUAGCGGAUCUGAGGAGGAGCAUGAACCGUGGCACUUUCACAGUCAGCACCACACUCAGACUGGGUCUGCAGAUACUGGAGGCCAUUGAGAGCAUCCACUCAGUGGGCUUUUUACACCGUGACAUCAAACCGUCCAACUUUGCCAUGGGCCGAUUUCCUAGCACAUGUCGAACUUGCUACAUGUUAGAUUUUGGUUUGGCGCGCCAAUUUACAAACUCCUCCCAAGAAGUCAGACCGCCCCGUCCUGUUGCAGGGUUUAGGGGUACAGUACGAUACGCCUCAGUCAACGCCCACAAGAACAAGGAAAUGGGAAGACAUGAUGAUCUGUGGUCUUUGUUCUACAUGCUGGUGGAGUUCUUGGUUGGGCAGCUCCCCUGGAGGAAAAUAAAAGACAAGGACCAAGUGGGGAAAUUAAAAGAGAAGUACGAUCAUCGGCUCAUGUUGAAACACCUGCCGACAGAAUUCAGUGUCUUUCUGGACCACACCAGCAAUUUGGACUACUUUACCAAACCUGACUACCAGCUACUGAGGACCGUUUUUGAGAAUAGCAUGAGAACCUAUAACGUAGUGGAAAAUGACCCGUAUGAUUGGGAAAGGAUGAGCUCAGAUAGCCCACUGACAAUUUCCGCCACUGCAAACACGCCACAGCACCAUACGCGCCUCACACCAGCUCAGAUGGGCGUGGUGAAUGCCUCACAGCUGCCUGGAGAUCUUCUGAAGGAGAACACGGACGAAGUUCUGCAAGAUGAGCAUCUCAGUGAUGGGGACAAUGCUCGGCCCGAGCACCUGCCUGGAUCUCCAAGCUUUCCCUUUAGGAACCAGGAGACUGAUGUCUGGGAGGGCCUGGACCGCAACCGGAACCAAAUCUGUCCCGCUGUCUGGAAGAUGGGAACAGAGGAUGAACAUAGCAACCAAGGCAAUCAGAGCCCCCAUGCAGGGCCUAGCAUUGGUUCUCCAGUGCGAGUCCGGUUAGACAUGGUGCCAUCAGAUAGAGACACUCCUCUUUUGCGUAAACUGCGCAACAUCCAUAGCUUUGAACUGGAGAAGAGACUAACUUUGGAGCCCAAACCCAACACUGAGCAUUUUGUAGAAGCCUGUUCUGGCAAGCAGCCACCUGGUACAGCACAGGGACGGGAAGCUGACGGUGUCACUGGCAUGGCUAUGAUGAACGGAUGUCACACAGAGCGUGUUUGGCACUGUGAUGAGGGAUUGCGCUCUGGCGGUGUCUCGCCCAAGCUUGCUUCACAGGGAUCUCCUGAGCAGGGCGAUGAUGCAGCUAACAGUGGCUUUGUGGCUCUAAACCUGAGCUCAGGUCUACAAGAUGUUGAGUUGCGUGAUUGGGUGAUGGUAGAGAAGGGCUCUGACCUGCAGGACUUCAAAGAGGCGGCAGGACGUAGCCCUGGUCCUGAGGCUAAACUCACGAGUAGCCCAUCAGAUGAGUGUGAUGAGGAGCCAGAAGUUUUGCAGCCAAUGGAUGAAUCUCCGGAUAAAGAAUCCACUCCUAGUCCUGUACAAGGAGACACCCACAUACCUCACACGGUCCAGGGCCCACAAAGGAUGGAUCGGAUGGAGCUCAGUGUAUUCCCUGCUGCUGGUGGAACUCCUGUUACCCCCACCAGCCCUGGUGAGGCACUGGCUGAAGGAGCACUCACACAGCUGCCCACCUCUCCUGCAUCCCAACCUGAGGAGCUUGUGGCAAGGACGUGCAGCCCCCUGCUCCUGCGCUCCCCUAGCCCGCUCACCUUCCUGACCACCCUGUCGGACCCCCUCCACCAGCGCGCCCCGCCUGGGAUACAGCGCAGCCAAUCUGCAGACCACCCUUCCUCAUCCACUUCCUCUUGCCAUGCCUGGCUGCCACUACCUUCCCAGCCCCGUGCUGCCCAUUCACCUGGACGCAGGAAACUUCCUGCCAUUCCAGCGACUGCUGCAAACUCCAAGUUCCCCUCAGUCAUACGAAUCACCCGCGCUCAGCUUCAGCAGCUGACAGCUCAGCGCCCCUCUGUGCUGUCCUCCCAAUCUGCAUCUGACAGCGUUCCACUGGAGAGACGUGAUAUUGAAAAUGGUAACAAUGGGAUGCAUCCACCACACAACACAGCCGACAUCAACUCCCCACAGGAGCAUGCUGCUGCCUUCCAGUCCAGCUGCCCAUCUAAUGUUGAAGGGGAUCCUUUGCUAAAUGGGAAUGGACCUCAGAAACCUUCAAGCCCAGUGCCAAGCCUAGUGCCGUCUCCACGCACACCUCCCUCUCCGCGUAGCCCAGUUCUGAUGAACGGCUGUCUUACACCUCCUUUAGAUGCACAGAGAGAUGGAAACAAGCAACCUCCUAAACUAAAUGACCCUAAGAGUGAUCCUCCCAUCCUUGAGCACUCCAUGGAGCCCAACCAAUACACUCUGGAGCAGGGAAAGGAAGAUGCUCCUUCCAGAAACGGCCCAUCUUCUCCAGCCUCUGCUCCCAAACAAGACCCCAGUCGUCGGCACAGCCGUAUCCCAGUGUUAGAACCAUCUAGCCUUCUGGAUCCACCACCUGGAUCUGCUAAAGAGAAGUUGCUGCAGAGGAAGGUUCACCACCUUCCACUUUCACCCUCUGCUUCCCCGUCGUUAUCCUCUGACAGGCGUGUCAUUGUGGCUGCUAUGCAGAGGGACCAGAUUUCUUCUGCCUCUUCUGAACACUCUCAAGAUGAAGAGUCGCUUCUGGGUUCUCGUUCAGAUCGUCAUGGGGAUGAUGCUGCCUCACUGUCCUCAUCCUCCAGCCCACUUUUACGGAAGAGCAAGAUACCACGCCCAGUUACCCCCACAACGAACACGGAAACCAUUACUGCACACUUAGUGCCCCGUCCACCACCAGGAAACCCUCCUAGCCGCUCCGCUGCAGAUGGAAGGCUCCGGCGGUACAGGAUUUUUGCCGGCAGCAACAGUGGCUCAGAUCUGCUGACAUGUUUGGCCCAGCUAAUGCACAUCAGCUCGCCCCGUGGCUCCCCGCCCCCCAGCUGCUCCUCCCCCCAGCACUUAGGCGCGAGACAUAUGUUCGUGGGUCCCACCGCUGCUCAGCACCUCCACCAGCGCUGGUCUAGCGCCUCCCCCCGCAGCUCCUCCUCACUACAGCGCUCCAUCAGCUCUUCCCCGUCCUGCCACGAGCACCGUGGGGGCUGUCUGGGCCGCAGCCAUUCUCCUCCCAGUUUCUCAGGCUCACCUCCUCUGCGCCGCUCUCAUCCUCACACACAGGAAGGAUGCUGUGCGAGACAGGCCCGCUCCGUCACUGUACACACCCAACGGGGCACAGCUGGCAUCCGUGAGGUCAGGUGCUCGAGCAAGCUGGGCAGAUAGUCAACCACAGAGUUCAGACACUGACAGAAGAAGUGUAUGAGUGAAAUUGGGACCUUUGGGUUUCAAAGAUCCCAAUUUCUACAAUAGCUAAAAAAUAUUUGAUUCUUAUUUCCUCGCAUCUGCAGCUUUUGUGACUCCUUUGAAUAGCCUUCCAUCAGUUUUAAAUGCUGUCUUUGAGGAACACCAGAGUCACCUUCAGAACAUGGGAGGUUAUACGUGAUGGUGAUUGGCUGGAUCUUUAGUAGUUUAUAGUUUGAUUUCUUUCAAACAUUCAUGAACUACAUGAAGUUUGCAUCAAGAUAGGCUGUACUACAGUAUUUAUUAUGUUAUUUAUUUGGGCUUUGAUGCAUUGCAGCCCUCUUCGAGCAGUGGCAGGUACACUGAUAGAUCAUGCCAUCAUUAACCCUUUCUGUGCUCGUGCUUUGGCUACGUUCAGCACUAAGACAUGGCCUGAAACACUGUACGCAAGUCUGUGAACUGAAAUGCUGUGGUUGCAUGUCGUUGCAUUUGAAAUUCAUUUACCCACCCUCAAGUUGUUUUCCGAAACUUUCUGUGGAACAUACAAGAAAAUGUCCGGAAAUGUUUUUUGUCCACACAUUAGAAAUCAGUGGCAACCAAAACUGAAAAAAAAAGGUAACACUUUAGAAUAAAGUUCCAUUAGUUAAUGUUAGUUAACUACUUUAGUUAAUGAACUAAGCAAGAACAAUCCUUCACCAGCAUUUAUUAAUUUUAGCUAAUGUAAAUUUCGACAUUUACUAAUGCAUUAUUCAAAUCAAAAGUUGUGCUUGUUAACAUUAGUUAAUGGGCUGUGAAUUAGCAUGAACUAACAACGAAUAACUCACUAUUCACUAAUUCACUAACAUUAACAGUAAUAAAUGUAUUGUUUAUUGAUUGUUCGUGUUAAUUAAUGCAUGAACUAACAUUAACUAAUGGAACCUUAUUUUAAAGUGUAUUCUAUCAGUUUUGAAACUGCAUAAAGGUGAGUAAAGGGUUUUUGGGUGAACUAUGCUAUGUUCAAUGGGACAAUGCGCUUGUACUUGCGUAGUCUGUUUCUGACAUCACUGAGUUUGCAAGAAAUGGUGAUCACUGAAACGAUCAACAACAAAAAAAAAAGGAAGUGUUUUUGCACUUUGAUGUGCCUAAAGAAGUUUUGCUUUGGAAUAUACAGUAUAUACAUGUAGGGCAGGCCUCAAGUUUACAGAAUCUGGAGUCACUAACUAUUUGUUAAUUUUGUUUUCCUGUAGAGCCUCUGGUGUCCCACAGCAAUGUACCAUUUCCAGCAGAACAAAGUGUCAUAUAAGUCAUACCUUUUUUUUUUUUACUGGUUAUUUGUAGGCCCUCAUUUAAUCUAUGCCUGUUAUACUUAACAGAAAAGUUAAAAUCUCUCAACUUAAUGUUAAAACGAGAGUUUUUAAAGUGCCAAUACUUGUACUGUCUCAUAUGUUAUGUGAAGAGAUCUGAUACUGAUACAGCGGCCAAUAUUCACGGAUUAAACGUGUAGUUUGAUUAUGUCUUGUGCCAUAUGAUAUCCAUUUGAACUAAAAUGAAUUAGUUUUACAUACUAAACUUCAACACAUGUGGGCUGCUAUUUGUCAUUUGUCACUCAUAUCAAAGUUUUACAUGUUUCAGAGUUCAUUCAAAAAUAAUAAUACAUAUUUAUAGAAAGCAUGCAUAUAAUUCCCUUCAGAGGCGGGAACAAUAAGCCGUCUUCCUUCUCCGCCUGUAAAAUGCUGUGAUAAAGCGUCCACUUCCCAAGGCAAACUCUGCAUGAGCUGCAGAAAAAUAACAAAACGCUUCCAUGUACAAUAAACCCCGCUUACAAGUUUUCAUAAACCUGGAGUUGGUAGUUUGAUCAUUACUGUCAGCUUGUAAAUAGGGACUUCAAGUUUAUUUUCCUGUCUGUCCUCUGGUUUGUGUCUUAAAUAUGUUCUCUUAACCUCACUACCCAUGUUUUAACUUUAUAUCAGCACUUGCAGAGUGUACUUACUCAGUCCUCAGCUGGUUAAUAUGGAUUUAUGAGAAUGAGGGUGAUUUACCAGAGCAUGUGGGAUAUCAGCAUAUGGCAUCAUACAAUUAUUUAUUUUUUUCUCACCAAAAAAAAAAAAACUAUAUUAGGAUCAGAAAAAAAGGCAUUACUAGCAAGAUUUAUUAUUAUUGUGAUAGCAUCACUUUAGUCAAUUGCAAACAGUUGCAAUUACAGCUUUGCAUUAUGUAGUCAGUAAUUUUGGUGUUAAUGGGUCAGAUUUUGCUCAAUCAUCUUAAAACACAGCUGUUUUCUAUCAUCACUUCAAUAAAUCCUUUGGCCAAAGGAGAUUAACAUGCAAAUUUCACCAUAAAUUAACAUUUUUUUUAUGUUUGUCAGGUCGAUGUUAAAUUGCAAAGAAAACCGGACAGAAUUUUCCAGGACACCGUGAAAUGCUGUUUCAUUUCAAUAUUGUUGCCAAAAACCUAGUUUUUCAGUGUAAUUAGUGAUUAGUGAAAUGCAAUGUAGUAUACUGGUUUUAUCCCAUCAGAAGCAGACUGUUCAAUUGCUUGAUGGUUCUCAAGUUUCAUGGGUUUUUAUCUCCACGUUGAGCACAAGUAGUGUUUUAACAAUGGACUGGAAGUUGAUCUGUAGUAUGAUUUCUCUGUUUGCAAUUCAUCUCUAACCAUGCCAAGGCUGAAUGUCUCUUACUGCUCUAUUAUUAAUUGUCACAAAAUGACAAGCAAUAAUGUUACAGUAUGAGUAAAGAAAAUCAUUUUUACAUGCAUAAUUUUGAAUUAUUUUUUUUCUUACAAUUGUGAAGUUAAAUGUACAGUGUACAAAAGAAUGUUAUGGGGUGGGACAUUGUACAUUAUUGUAAUUAUUUGUGUUAGUUUUUAUUUGUAUCAUAAAUGCCUUGUACAGUG